AAAUAUCAGUUGAUUUUAUGAGCCAUUAAAGUGAAUGUAAACAGAAAAAAGUGGACACAAAGUGAUUGUUUUGAUUGAAGUAAUCGGUUAAACAAGUGGUCAAAACAUGUGGUAUGAGUUAUUACCGGCAUUCGGGGCAAUGAUGACUGGAUUUGCUAUCAUGGAGUUGGGACCUAUGGUGACCCAUUGGGCGUCGUGGGGACAGCCGAUGAUGAGACGGUGUUGGGAUGACCCGUCAAAUCAAUGGACAAGACGUGACCAACGUAUUGCUGACACUGUACUCAGGAUGAGAUGGGCGGCCAAUCAUCACUACACCAUUGGUUUGGACGCCAUUCCCGAUGAGGGACAGCCCGAAACCCGAUUUCAAGACUAUCGCAAUCUUUAGACUUUAAUAGUCUUUGUUUAAUGUUUUUGAAGUUGUCUUAUAGUCAACCAUUAGAUUGUAAUCAAUAUAUUAUAUCUUAGGUUUUAAGUUAAUGUAAAUAC